AUGCCCCUUUUUAUUAACCGUGACCAAAUAUUCGCGCAUCAGGUGCACUUGCUGGAACACAAACUACGAGGUAAGGAGGAGCGAAUACUAGAAUUGGAGACAGAAAAUGCCAUUCUUCAUAUAAGGCUUGCUGAGUCUAUGGCAAAACUUGAAGAGGAGCCGGAAGUAAAAAACAGCCCACAGAUUGAGGAGAAGAACACCCGUUUACAUUCAGCCGUUGUCAAACUCAUUUCUGAGGUCAAGACUUUGAAGCAGUGCCUGAGUGAGUUCUUUGCCGUCUAUGUAAGUUUUGCCACUGAGCUAGAGGAAAAGAGCAAGCAGCUACAGGAAAUAGUGGAACAGAAAAGAUGCUCUUAUCUGCGAGAAUGUAGCCAAGAUACUGUUGACAGUUUACAAACCCGUUUGAGCGCUCUAGAGCGCUCUCUAGAGGAGGAGCGGGAGAAAUUUGGAGCAGAGAGGCAGCGGAGGAAAGAGCUUCACAACGCGCUGGUGGAGUUAAGAGGAAACAUCCGGGUGCAUUGUAGGCUGCGUCCACUUUUGCCGUUCGAUGACGUCCGGUCCUACCCUUCCAGCUCGGGGCCUGAUUCAUCAGAGCGGGUAAUUCAAGCCGUCAGUGAUGACACUGUGGUCGUAAACUGCAUGAAAGCGGGAGUGCCGGCACAAAACAAGAUGUUUGAAUUUGAGAGGGUUUACGGGCCAGAUGACUCCCAAGAAACCGUGUUUGAGGAAGUCAAGCCUCUUCUCACCUCUUUGCUGGAUGGCUACAACGUGUGCAUAAUGGCGUACGGCCAGACAGGAAGUGGCAAGACUCACACUAUGAUGGGAUCUCCUGAAUCCGACGAACCCUCUGGGUUGCGGCGAGGUGUCAUCGUCAUGGCAGCCACUGAGAUUUUCCGGCUGAUUUCCGAGAAGCCUUCAGCGAGCUACACGGUUGAGAUGUCAGUGACCGAAGUCUACAACAACGACGUGUCGGACCUGCUAGCUAAAGACGCCGGACGACGUCGGGAAAACGUCACCUCAACCAGUCAGGCUUCCUUCACUCAGGAGAUAAUGACUUACCAACUUCAUGUUGUUUUAAGGUCUGUUUGUGACGCCUCCGAGGUGGUGCAGAUCAUGAGUAGAGUUCUACGACUACGAGCUCACUGUUCCACUCUCGUACACGCCGAUUCGUCACGCUCUCAUAUUAUUGUCACACUCACAAUUUCCUCCAAAAGCCCCAACGCGCAAGCCUUGGCCCGUCGCCUGCAAAGCGCCAAGAAGAGAGAAUCGUGGAGUCCAAAGUGUCGCCGUGCCAACGCCAUGCGAAACUCACCUGAAGAAGGCUUCCAAAGUCCCGCCUCCUCCCCUUCGUUAUCGCCAUGCCCUUCCCCGAGAUUGGGCGCCUCGCAAUCGCCGUUUAAAACCAAACUGCAGCUGGUGGAUCUGGCAGGAAGCGAGUGUGUCGAUAUGACUGGAGUAUCUGGCGGUGCCUUGUGGGAGGUAUCCUGCAUCAACCGGAGUCUCUCUGCUCUGUCGGACGUUUUAGCCGCCUUGGCCGAGCAGAGGCCUCACGUCCCGUACAGGAACAGCAAGCUCACUCACCUCCUCCAAGACGUCAUAGGUGGCGACGCCAAGCUGCUAGUGAUGCUGUGCGUGUCCCCCACUCGCCGCUUCAUCACCGAGUCCCUGCAGACGCUGGCGUUUGGCGCCCGGGCGCGUCAAGUCCAUCGAGAUCCGGCCAGGAAGAAGAGCAACACACUUAAAGUUAAGUGA